AUGAGGCUCGCGUUGCCCACCUUCGCUCAUGGCGGUGCGGCAGGCGUCGUGCCAGGCGCGGAUAGCGCCAACGGUACGUCCAGUAUACACGCCAGCGCGUCCAAUCGCGGCUACUCGGAUAGCGCGCUAUCUUCGGGCUCUCACAGCCAUGACCUUGAUGAGUCUAGCGAGAGCUCGCAGCCAUCCAAACGACCAAGACCUUCGCCGUCACGAUCAUCGCCAACUUCCUUAUCCACCAUGCUUUCAGUUUCUGUCGAGAGGCGAAGAUCUGAAGCCGUUCGACAAGCACCUAGCGGUCCAAGCUCGUCCUCAUCUCUGAGCUCGCCUGGCAGCACUGCGCAUGCCAGCUUGACGCUCCCUGCGCAGCCUGCGGUCAGUGAGAGGGUGAUCGCGCGACGGCCGCGGCGACCGUCGCCCGCUGUGGCUAUUUCCUCCUCUUCGCAGCUCGCGCCCGAGUCGGCUUCCUUAUAUGGUUCUUCGCCUCUCUCGUCUUCUAUGAUCAUAGUCGACGUGCCUUCUGACGCGCCGAGGGCACCUACGGCCACCUUGACGCGUCGGAAAGUGAGGGACGUUAUGUCGCUGCCCGGCACAAGCAAGUCACUGCAAGCUCGUCGAGACAGCAGCAACAGCAGUGGCAGCAGCAGGACCGCUUCUCGAUCCGUGUCUAUGAGCAUGGACGAAUCUCUUGCGCCAAGCCAGGAUGCGCGAUCCGAGGAUACCGCCAUCACAGAUGAUCUCUCACGCGCAACAAACAAUGGCAUGAUGGUCGUCUCCUCGUCCCCUUGCCCCUCGCCGAAAUCGCAUGCUCGUCAACGAAGCGGGCUCCGUAGGCCAACGACUGAAGAGUCGCAGACUGCAGGCAGUCCUGCAUUGCAACAGCGAGACAGAAAGCGCACAAAGUCUACUGAGGAAGCUGAGGACGAGGAUGCUACAUUCUACGAUUUCGUCGAUCAGCAUGAUUUGCUCGACGUCCCAAUGGCACCACCAAGUACAGACAUGCAAUAUCCGCCAACUGUGCCAGACUCGAGCAGCUCGCAAUCUAUCUACUCGUCAGACACAGGCAUCGGAAGGACUCGCAAGCGCUCCUCCAGCAUCUCUCGCCAGUCCUCAGGCUCGAGGGCGAUGACCCGUCAGCUGUCGAGUCACGGCACUUCAGGAACGAUGAGUCAGAGCAGCAGCGCUGACAGCUUUACGCGCCUCGAUACAAGCCUCAGCUCGAGCAGUCUCGCCUCAAAUGCUUCAACGGUCCCGUCUUCCGUCGCAAGCAGCGCGCCUUCGUCAGCCCAGAAGCCUUUCGGCCCUGUUCAAUCUACGCGUCUUCCAGCUCAGCUGCGCGGUGCACGCAUACCACCUCAGCUGCGUCUCGCGAUCAGCAACCAGGGCACCGGUCGACUGUCUCCCCUUCCCGUGCAAGGGGUCGGUCGCGAGUUCCUCGGUCUGCUCGAAGGCGAGUACCGGGAAAGCAUUCGCGAGUACAUGUACGAGAUGGAGGACAAGACGCAAGCAUCAGUCGAGCUCAUCGAUCUCCAGCCUGAGCUCGAGUGGCACAUGCGCCCGUUCCUCGUCGACUUCUUGAUCGAGAUCCACCAGCAAUGCCGUCUCCGACCAGAGACGCUCUACCUGACGAUGAACAUCGUUGAUCGCUAUGUAUCUAAGCGCAUCGUGCUCAAGAAGCACUAUCAACUGGUGGGCUGCUCGGCUCUCUGGAUCGCUGCAAAGUUCGAAGACGCCAAGGAUCGUGUCCCGACCGUGCAAGAGCUGUCGAGCAUGUGCUGCCGCGCUUACGACGAGAGCGCAUUCAUCCAGAUGGAAGGCCACGUCCUCUCUACGAUCGGCUGGGUGCUCGGACAUCCGACUGCUGAGUCCUGGAUCAGAAUGGCCUGCGUGGCGGACAACACAGUCGAGGAACAGCGUAUCCAGCACGUCGCUCGCUUCUUGCUUGAGACUACGCUCUAUCACAAGGACUUCAUCAGCUUCAAAGCGUCAGAUCUAGCAGCAGCCGCUCUGAUGCUCGCGCGCUUCAUGUUCGACCGAUAUCGACGCGUUGAGGACGAGACCGAAGCCGUGCUAAGCGUUGCUUACCUGAUGGAUCUACAAUUAGGCCAAGCACUCGACAGACUGUCUGCUACGCUCAUCAAGAAGUAUGCGCCUGGCCAUUACUCUCGCUCGUCUACCUUUGUGCGCGAGUGGUUCCUUUCUGGUCGACGUUUCUCGCACCGAGGCUGGGCACAGGCACCCGAAGUCCUCAUGCCGCGUCUGUCGCCCACGUUGCUUCGCUGCCCGGGAUUAGCAUCAGCAUCAAGCGGAUCCUGGUCUUCCGAUGACGAUGUUCCUCGCACGCCACAGUCGUCCGAGACGAUCUUUGCGCAAGCAGAUCCAUUCAAGACAGCUGGCCCUCCUCCAAAAGCUGUGGGCUCGACGCGACCGGGCAUCGUUCGAUGGGAAUCAGUACCCCAUAUGGUCUCGAGCUACGGCACUUGA